GGAUGGACGCCCCUCUGUUCGACGUAGGUGCACCGGGCCUUGGCUGCCUUUCCACGGGCUAGCUCGCCGCCUGGGUCGCUCGCCUCCCCCUCGCCCCGCCCAAGUCUAAUGUGCGAGGCGGUUCGGGCAAUCCGUCGCUGGCUGUCGGCAGCAAGGACCUGAUCCAUGCUUCUGCGGCCCAUGCUGAUCAAUGGCCCCCGUCCAUCGACUCCCAAAGAUCUCCACCGCUCCGAAUCCCACCCCGGCCGUGGUCCAGCAGUCCGGCAUGCCGGGUUCCGACGACACGCCUCUGAUGCAGUUUGCGAUGAGCUUCUUCGUCAUCCUGGUCUCGGAGAUUGGCGACAAGACCUUCUUCAUCGCCGCCGUCCUCGCCAUGAGGAACUCACGGCUGCUGAUCUUUAGCGGCGCCAUGGGAGCCCUGGUGUUCAUGACGAUUCUGUCGGCCUUCCUGGGCCACAUCCUGCCCAAUCUCAUCUCGAAGCAGUACACCCAGCUGGCCGCCGGGUUGCUGUUUAUUGUGUUUGGCUUGAAGAUGCUCAAGGACGUCUACACCAUGUCCGGCACCGAGGGCAAGGAAGAGCUCGAGGAGGUCACCCAGGAGCUCGCCGAGGCUGAAGUCAGCAAGAAGACGGAUGAGCUGGAGGGAGGUGGCCUGCAGCCCCAACCCAAGGACGAGUGGUGGGUCCCCUUCCAGAACCUGGCCACCUACCUCUUCUCGCCGAUCCUCAUCCAGACCUUUGUGAUGACCUUCCUGGCCGAAUGGGGAGACCGCAGCCAGAUCGCAACCAUUGCCCUGGCUGGUGCUCAGGGAUUCUGGUUCGUUACGCUGGGUGGUCUCGUUGGCCACGGCAUCUGCACUGCCGUUGCCGUCGUUGGCGGGCGACUGCUUGCCGAGCGGAUCAGCGUCAGAGUGGUCACUCUUCUUGGAGCAAUCCUCUUCCUGCUCUUUGGCUUUGCGUCAAUCUACCAAGCUGCCGGCCCUCUCUCCGCGGAUGACUAGCGGAUAUGAUGCGAUCGAUAGAGCAGCAUGCAUAGAGAGACAGCCGGCGCGGAGUCCCGAAUAAUACAGCGACUGCUUGAUGAAACGAGACAGCCCCGGGCCGUGAUGCUGUGCGGGCGACAGAGCAGCAGGAGCAGGAGCAGGAGCAGGAGCAGGGCAGCGC